GAUCAGAUGUGGGCAACUCCCCCCUCUAAAUGCAGCACUCCAGGGCUGCUGGGGCUGGUUCUGCUCUGCCUGGGGAGGAGGAGGAGGGUUUUGUUGGGGCCCAGGGUGGCUGCAGGGACCUCCAGAGCGUGGUGCUCCCUUUGGAGAGCUCUGUUUUCCCUGGGAGUGCCCCUGCCUCUUCCCUUGCCUCUUCCCCUUCCCCUGGCGGGCUGGAGCGGGCUCUUCCUGCAGCAGGGAUGAUGCAGGAGCUGGUGGUUGGCGUGGAGAAGAUGAGGUUUGACUCGGAGGCUGAUGUGGAGGAGCUCAGAGCUCAGCCCCUGCCCUUCCCUGGGGUGGACAAUGUCCAGGGCCACCCCCGGCCCGGCGGGGCCAAGCCCGCAGUGUGCAAGCAUUGGCUGCGAGGGCUCUGCAAGAGGGGCGAAGGCUGCGGCUUCCUGCACGACUACGAUGCCAGCAGGAUGCCCGAGUGCUAUUUCUACUCCAAGUUCGGGGAGUGCAGCACCAAGGACUGUCCCUUCCUGCACGUGGGUGCCACCGCCAGCACCGCGGGCUGUCCCUGGUACGACCGAGGCUUCUGCUGGCACGGUCCCCUGUGCAAGUACAAGCACACGAGGAGGGUGAUGUGUGCCAACUACCUGGUGGGCUUCUGCCCGGAGGGACCCAAGUGCAAAUUCGUGCACCUCAAGGCCGGGCUGAUGACGAGCAGCACAGACCCAUCCAAGGAAGCUGGAUGUCCGUGGGGGCUGGUACAGAGGGAUCUGGCUGCUGCAGAGGAGAGGGGAGGUGAGCACGUGCCAGCCAAGGAGCCACCUCCACGUGGCAGCCAGCACCUGGCAGCUCAGCUGUGGGACACCAGUGGCUGCCCCCCGAGCCCUCAGAGCCUGCUGGAAGGAGACACCUGCUCCAAGAGAGGAUCAGCCAGUCCCUGUGCCAGCCAGAGCAGGAGGACUCGGCUGGAAAUGCUGCUGGGAAAGUGACUCCAGUGCUCCACAGAGCUGAGGGCAGGAGGAGGACACCACGGGACAGCACGGACACGGCACCGGGGCAGCUGCUGGGCAAGGAAAGCCAGCAGGGUUUGCCCAGCACCAGCUCACAGCUGGCACAGGCAGCACAGAAAUCACUGCAUGCAAUGAAAAUCAGCACCUGGCACAGCUGGCUGCUCUCCUGGCACAGCUGG